AUGGGAACGGGGACCCUCUCUCUCUUCUCCCAAGUCGCACACAGCCUGGGUUUCCUGAACCGUCAGGCGCACCGGCCACGUCGCCCUGCCCCAGCCCCCUCUGCAGCCACAUUUGGGAUAAAAAUAGCCAGUUCUGGGAAGAAGGCAACGCUCCAUGGAGGAAAACGGCUCCUGCGGGCCCGGCCCCUGCAGCCUUCCAGCCCAGACCCCGAGAGCCCGACCCCUUCUUUCAGAGGAGGCUGGCGGGUCAGGGGGCCAGAAGGAAGCGGAACCCUGGACCUCCGGCGCCCCUGCCACCUUACAUCGCCAAGGACGCAGGCCAGGACGUGGCCCCCAACUCCGAACCCCCAGCCCCCACCCCGCACCCCUGGCACAGAGACCUCCUCCACCCGAAGAGAAGAGUCUACCAGCCCGAAGCCCCUCCUCGGGGAGCGCAAACUCUCGGCCCGGGGCUGUUGCGCCGCGCCCCCCGGGCCCCCAGGACCAGAGGGAAGAAUUGGGGGACACCUCAGGUGUGGGACUGCCUCCUCAAAGCCACGUGUUGCCGGAAGAGCUAGGGGCCCUUGGUGGAAAGCCCCCAGAAGGGGCAGGCCUGCCUGGUGGCCGCCACGCCUCCUCAGCACAGCGUCUUUUGUUGCAGAAGAAGAGAGGAGGGCGCGAGCCAACGACCGGGAAUACAACGAGAAGUUCCAGUACGCGAGUAACUGCAUCAAGACCUCCAAGUACAACAUUCUCACCUUCCUGCCUGUCAACCUCUUUGAGCAGUUCCAGGAAGUGGCCAAUACCUACUUCCUGUUCCUUCUCAUUCUCCAGUUGAUCCCGCAGGUGUCGUCCCUGUCCUGGUUCACCACCAUCGUGCCUUUGGUCCUUGUCCUUGCCAUCACCGCUGUGAAAGACGCCACCGACGACUACUUCCGCCACAAGAGUGACGACCAGGUGAAUAACCGGCAGUCUCAAGUGCUGAUCGAUGGGAGCCUCCAGCAAGAGCAGUGGAUGAACGUCCGCGUUGGCGAUAUCAUCAAAUUAGAAAACAACCAGUUUGUGGCGGCGGACCUCCUCCUCUUGUCCAGCAGUGAGCCCCACGGGCUGUGUUACAUCGAGACAGCAGAGCUGGACGGGGAGACCAACAUGAAAGUGCGCCAGGCGAUUCCGGUCACCUCGGAGCUGGGGGACAUCAGCAGGCUUGCCAAGUUCGACGGCGAGGUGGUCUGCGAGCCCCCCAACAACAAGCUGGACAAGUUCAGCGGGACCCUGCACUGGAAGGGCAGCAAGUUCCCGCUGAGCAACCAGAACACGCUCCUGCGAGGCUGCGUGCUCCGCAACACGGAGUGGUGCUUCGGGCUGGUGGUCUUCGCAGGUCCUGACACUAAGCUGAUGCAGAACAGCGGCAGGACAAAGUUCAAGAGGACGAGUAUCGAUCGCCUAAUGAACACACUGGUGCUCUGGAUUUUCGGCUUCCUGGUCUGCAUGGGGGUGAUCCUGGCCAUUGGCAACGCCAUUUGGGAGCACGAGGUCGGGACGCGUUUCCAGGUCUACCUGCCCUGGGACGAGGCGGUGGAUAGUGCCUUCUUCUCCGGCUUCCUCUCCUUCUGGUCCUACAUCAUCAUCCUCAACACCGUGGUGCCCAUAUCACUGUACGUCAGCGUGGAGGUCAUCCGCCUGGGCCACAGCUACUUCAUCAACUGGGACAGGAAGAUGUUCUGCGCGAAGAGGCAGACGCCGGCCGAGGCCCGCACCACCACGCUGAAUGAGGAGCUGGGCCAGGUGGAGUACGUCUUCUCCGACAAGACGGGCACGCUCACCCAGAACAUCAUGGUCUUCAACAAGUGCUCCAUCAGCGGCCGCAGCUACGGGGACGUGUUUGAUGUCCUGGGGCACAGAGCUGAGUUGGGAGAGAGGCUGCAGCCCGUCGACUUCUCCUUCAACCCUCUGGCCGACAAGAAGUUCUUGUUUUGGGACCCCACCCUCCUGGAGGCUGUCAAGAUGGGGGACCCCCACACGCAUGAGUUCUUCCGCCUCCUUUCCCUGUGUCACACCGUCAUGUCGGAAGAGAAGAACGAGGGGGAGCUGUACUACAAAGCCCAGUCCCCGGAUGAGGGGGCCCUGGUCACUGCAGCCCGGAACUUCGGCUUCGUGUUCCGCUCUCGCACCCCCAAAACCAUCACCGUCCACGAGAUGGGCACAGCCGUCACCUACCAGCUGCUGGCCAUCCUGGACUUCAAUAACAUCCGCAAGCGGAUGUCAGUCAUAGUGCGGAACCCGGAGGGGAGGAUCCGGCUCUACUGCAAAGGGGCCGACACCAUUCUGCUGGACAGACUCCGCCCUUCCGCUAACGAGCUGCUCAACACCACCGCGGACCACCUGAAUGAGUAUGCGGGGGAAGGGCUGAGGACCCUGGUUCUGGCCUACAAGGACCUGGACGAGGAGUACUACGAGGAGUGGGCCCAGCGGCGGCUCCAGGCCAGCCUGGCCCCGGACAGCAGGGAGGACAGGCUGGCCAGCGUGUACGAGGAGGUGGAGAAUGACAUGGUGGUACGGCCCCGCGGACUGGGGCGGGGCCGGGGGCGGGUGUGUGACCUUCGGCCCCCACCCCCUGCCCACCCGCCCCCAGCGGCCCACAUUGGCGUGGGCAUCAGUGGACAGGAGGGCAUCCAGGCGGUGCUGGCCUCCGACUACUCCUUCUCCCAGUUCAAGUUCCUGCAGCGCCUCCUGCUGGUGCACGGGCGCUGGUCCUACCUGCGCAUGUGCAAGUUCCUCUGCUACUUCUUCUACAAGAACUUCGCCUUCACCAUGGUCCACUUCUGGUUUGGCUUCUUCUGCGGCUUCUCAGCCCAGACCGUCUACGACCAGUAUUUCAUCACACUGUACAACAUCGUGUACACCUCGCUCCCGGUCCUGGCGAUGGGGGUCUUCGACCAGGACGUCCCGGAGCAGCGGAGCAUGGAGCACCCCAAGCUGUACGAGCCGGGCCAGCUCAACCUGCUCUUCAACAAGCGUGAGUUCUUCGUCUGCAUCGCGCAGGGCAUCUACACGUCCGUGCUCAUGUUCUUCAUCCCCUACGGCGUGUUCGCCGAGGCCGCGCAGGACAACGGCGCCCAGCUGGCCGACUACCAGUCCUUCGCGGUCACCGUGGCCACCUCGCUGGUCAUCGUCGUGAGCGUGCAGAUCGGGCUGGACACCGGCUACUGGACGGCCAUCAAUCACUUCUUCAUCUGGGGCAGCCUGGCGGCCUACUUCGCCAUCCUCUUUGCCAUGCACAGCGACGGGCUCUUCAGCAUGUUCCCAAACCAGUUCCGGUUCGUGGGCAACGCGCAGAGCACCCUGGCCCAGCCGGCCGUGUGGCUCACCAUCGCGCUCACCACGGUGGUCUGCAUCCUGCCCGUGCUCGCCUUUCGCUUCCUCAAGCUGAGCCUGAAGCCGGAUCUCUCGGACACGGUCCGCUACAGCCAGCUGGUGAGGAAGAAGCGGGCCCAGCACCGCUGCGCGCGGAGGCCCGGCCGCGGCAGCUCCCGGCGCUCGGGCUACGCCUUCGCGCACCAGGAGGGCUUCGGGGAGCUCAUCAUGUCCGGCAAGAACAUGCGGCUCAGCUCCCUGGCGCUGGCCGGCUUCGCCCCGCGCUCCGGCUCCGGCUGGAUCGAGAGCCUGCGCCGCAAGCGGAGCGACAGCCCGGGCAGCCCCGGCGGCGGCGCGGCCGGCAGGCCGCUCUAGGGUGGCCGCGCCGCGCCCCUGCCCGCGGCUCUGGCGGCUCCACCGAACCAAAACCCGAGGAAGAGUUGGAGGUCGGGUCCGCCCCGCCCGGAGCCGCGGGAGGCUCGCAUCUCCGUAUUUUUCUACUCCCACCCCGAGGGGCGAGCGCCCCGUUCCUGAAUUCCACGCGAAUGUAUGGCCGGGAAGCCAGAGACCUGCAGGGCCCGCGUCCCCGCGUCGUCCAUGCUCUCUCCUUGGUUUGUGUCGUGUCCACUUCCGUUUUGUCUUUUUUAUUUGGCCAGUGGGGGGAGUCUCCGAGCGACUUUCACGGUGUGGGAAGAGGAGGCUGGUCCACAGGCGGCCCCCCCACCGGACCGCCCUGGGGGGGACCUCUGUCCCUGCCGCCGCUGGGUCCUGAGGGGCUGGCCGGGCGCGGAGGACGCCCAGGUCCCAUCGAGCCCCCCUCCUCACCCCCCCUCCUCACCUUGAGAGUGCAGUGCUCCCCUCCCCAGACACACAGCCCUUCCUGGGUCCUCAGUCCUGCUGGCGUCGGGCAGGGGCCGCGAGGGCGGCCCGUCUUCUCAGUGACGGAAAGCUGGUGUCAGAGGUCGUCCUAAAAAAAAGAUUCCUUUAAAUGUGGGUCUGGGCUCCCUAGCAGAGUUCUGUCUGUCUUUCCUUCCUCCUCCUCCUCCGCAUUUUCCUGCACCUGCCCUGGGGGCUGCUGCAGGGUCUGUGCCCCUCCCCUGUGGUAAACAAGGGGCCCCACCCCUCCCCUGCCAGCUCCCUGUAGGGGGAGGGCAGAGGGAGGGCAGGGGCGCUGUCCUUCCUCGCCACUGCCCAUCCGGCUUCUCCUGAGCUACUUGGUAGCAGUUCAGUCUUGGCAGGGGUGGGGUGCUGAGGGCCGGCAUGUGGCUGGAAGGGGUGUGCGGCUCUCACCCUUGAUGCGAUCGCUCCCAGGGAGGCGCCCUGCGCAGGGGGGAGGGGGAGGGGGUCCCUUCUGGCCGCACAGUUUACAAACCCAACAUCAUGUCUGUCUGUGUGUCUCUCAAGGUGAGAGUCUGAUUUUUAUACCAAAGAGGAAAUGAUUUUUUUUCAUAUUUGGUUUGUCUAUAUUAUAUAAAUCUAUAUAUAAAUCUAUAUAUAUAUACAGUUAUAUAUAUUAUUUUUUUGGUUCUCUCUCAUUUUUCAGGGAGGGAGGAAAGUACCGAGUUGCAUUGAGCUGUAAUUAAGGAACAUUCUGUAUAAUUUAUGACGCAUUUCUAUACUUACAAGAAUUCUAUCAUUUUAUGGACAUAAGAAAAAUGCCUUUUUAUAAAAUUCCAAUUUCUGAGA